AUGGCGGGUUUCUCCGAAUCAGCGAUGGCACGGCGCUUGCAGACGUUGAACACCACGCAGCAGUCGGUGCAGAUGAUGUCGAUGUGGUUGUUGCAUCAUCAGAAAGCUCACGCCGAGACGAUACUCAGAGUGUGGCUCCAGGAGGUUAAGAAAGAAACCAAGCCAAAUCGUCUUAUCAACUUGCUGUACCUUGCUAACGAUGUCAUACAAAACAGCCGGAGGCAUUGUCCAAAAUUUAUGGAAAUGUUUUAUGAAAGUUUGGAGCCGGCUUUCAGGCACGUAAGCCAUCAUGCCGAUGCAGAUGCUGUUGUGGCAUUGAGGAAAAUUUUGCGAGUUUUUCGGGAGCGACAAAUUUAUCCAGAAGCGAAGUUUGAUCGUCUAGUAAAUGCAGUAACUUCAUCGUUAACUGGAAUACGUCUUGUGGAAUUUAAUAUUGAACUCGGAGGAACAAGCUUGACCGGCGAAAGCUCCCAGAAAUCACGUAUGACACCAACCACGCCACCGGCUUUAGGAAAAUCACCGCAGGUAUCGACGCCUACCGUUGACACGGAUUCACCGGAACCGAAAAAGAGCAGGUUCGAUGGCGAGAAUUUCGACAUAAAAACGAUGACUAGGAUCACCGAAGAAGUGAUAAAACUGCUGAAAAGGCUUGAAGACCCACCGUCGGCUGAUGCUGAAACACGUUCUUGGAUUUUUCUAAAUGACGCAAAAGGUUUUAGCCACUUGAUAGCUUCUUUCCCGGAAACAAUAGCGAAUCCGGCACUUCUGAAGCCCAUCAAAAAUGAAGCGCAAGCAAAGGAGCUGUUCAAGAAGAUCAAAGAAUCUGAGCCAGUGGUCAAGGAAUACUGUAAAAGGUAUCUCAUGGCACAAAAUGUGAAGGAACAUUUCAAUUCGUUACCGGAUCUGUCUGAUUUGCCGACUGUUGCACUGCCUCCUCUUCCUACACUCGGCGAACUGUUCAAGAGCGCAACGAAAGAGAAUGUUGACACCGUGAAAGAGGCCGACAAAGAAACUUAG